UUUAAAAACGUAACAGUUAAAGUUGCCUUCCCUUAUACAUGUUUUUUUAACUAAGUUCAUGGACAUUUGUCAUCUACAAGUUACAUUAAUUACUGGUCUGAUACAGCUGAAGUUUUAUAAAGCAAAUCCAGAGACAUCCACAAAGUAUGAAUGAUUUGAUUUUUCAUCUCAAGGUAAGACUGAUACAGGUGACACACCUCACCGGAUUCACCGGCAGAUCUUCCACCUGGAGCCCAUCUCUUCAGUAAUGUAGUAUCAAUAUAAGGAGAACAAAGUCUCCUUACUUAACAUCUUUUUUAACAGGUGAACAGCAACUGCCCCUACAAGAGCUGCUUUUUUUGAGGUCCUAUAAUCAUUUGACCACUUGGAACUUUGGAACAUGUCUUACAAUCAUCCGUACCGAAACCCAGCUGAUGAUUACAGCGCAAGCAAUGACAAGUACAAAGACUCGCAACGAAUUUAUCACCGGGAGUCUACCGCUUACAGGUCGCGAAUUAGGGGCGCAUCUCCAGAGCAGACGUCUCCAUCCUCAUCAGAACCUGUCCUCUCUUCUGUUAAGGCUUUGUCUUUUCUGCAUAGCUGUGGACUGGAUGCUGAAGACCUUCAAACUCUGGCCGAGCUUCCCGAGCAUCUCAUCGCAGCCGAUACCCUUCCUGACCUUCUUGCACAGAUCAAAAAGAAGAAAGCGUCCAGCACUUCUUCAUCUAUGUCCAGUGCGCUCCAAGCCAGUUCGUCAUCUCGCUCCUGGGACGACAGGAGCCACACUCAGCUGGUUGAGUAUCCAUUGGAUUUGCCUGUCCGUCAGUCAUAUUCCAUUCCUCGAGAGCAGCUUCCAACCUGGGACGACCGCUGGGAAAACAUCCAACAAACAAGCUCUCCAUCAUGCACGUACACCAGUUCUGAGUCGAACUAUGUGGUUGAGUACAACCAUCUGAAAGACAAAGAGUCUUAUUUUGAUAAAGCGUCUUGUGCCACAGAACAGUCGAGGCAGAAAACGUCCGUUGUCCCGCAGUCUUACUCUAGCCACAGCAGAGACGUUAGUCAAUCCUCACAUUUGUCCAGCAGAGACGGCAGUCAUUCCUCACAUCUGUCCAGUAGAGAUGCUAGUCAAUCCUCCCACCGCUCUAGCAGAGAUGUCAGUCAGUCCUCUUAUCUGUCCAGUAAAGAUGUCAGUCAGUCGUCUCAUCGCUCUAGCAGAGAUGUCAGUCACUCCUCACAUCUGUCCGGUAGAGACAUUGGCCAGUCCUCACAUCUGUCCGGUAGAGACAUUGGCCAGUCCUCACAUCUGUCGAGCAGAGAUGUUGGUCUACCGUCACUCCUGUCCAGCCGAGACGCCGCUCCAUCCUCGCUCCUGUCCAACAGAGACGCCGCUCCACCCUCGCUCCUGUCCAGCAGAGGCAUCGCUCCACCUUCUCUCCUGUCCAGCAGAGACGUCGGUCUGCCCUCGCUCCUGUCCAUCAGAGACCUUGCUCCACCCUCGCACCUGUCCAGCAGAGACGUUGGUCAAUCGUCACACCACCGGAGGACAGAGUCGGCUCAUAGAGUGCCUACCAGGAAGGAGGCGUCAGAUUUCCACGGGAAAACUCCACCAGUAUUUCCCUACGCAUGCGUGCUCUGCGAUAUCACUGUCCUCUCUGACAAGGACUGGUCCGUGCAUAUAAAAGGAGCCCAACAUGCGCAUAGUCAACUUAGUCUUGUGGAAAAAUAUCCAGCGUGGGAUCAGACAAUCCAGUCUGCUCGAAGAAAUGAGCCCCAUUCUGAUCGACUCGCGUCUAGAACAACACAGGAACGAGGUGGAACCUCAAGCAGUAGAAAUGGAUCGUUAGGCAGCAGAAGUGGAGCGUCGAGCAGUAGACGUGCAUCAUCAAGCAGUCAAAACCGCAAUAAUACUGAAUCGAAGUGCAAAGUGGUGUGUGUCAAGUUUGAAGUGGAUGAAUUAGAUGAAGCUUACCUGAAAAAAUUGCUUGGCCAGUUUGGGGCUAUUGUCAAAAUUAUUGUUUUACCUAGAAUGGCUUUUGUGAAUAUGGGAACAGCAGGCCAGGCAGAGGAUAUAGUAAAAUAUUUCUACCAAAACCCUUUGAGGAUCAAAGGAGAACUGAUCGAAUUUACUCUGUCUGCAGCAGUCAGUUUCCUACAGACAUCUUGUGUAGUGAGCUUUUCACCGCUACCUUCUGGAGAUGGCAUACGCUCGGAGUUGACGGCCAUUGCUAAGCGUUUCGGAUCAGUAAAAAAUUCACUGUUUCUCCCAAGCCGGGGUUAUGUGGAGAUGGGCAGCAUGGAAGAGGCCAACAAAUUGGUGGAGCAUUAUUCAACCAAUGCACUCAAAAUAAAAGGAAAAACCAUUAACGUUUGCUCCUCAACUGAGUACCAGACACUUGGUAUGAAGGAUGCUGACAAAGAAAAAUCACCAGUACCUUAUAGCAGCAGGAGAAGGAGGAGGAGUUGCAGCCCAAGAAGGAGAUCCCACAGAGAUUCUCCCAGCCCCAAACGAAGAGCUUCUGAGGAGAGGUCCAGGUCUCGCAGGAGUCUAGACUCUAAGAAACGAGAAGAAAGUGGACGCUCACGGGAGAGAACCAAAGAGAGCUCAAAACGGGACAGCUCAUCCAAAUCCCGUUCUAAAAGAAGCACUCCUUCUAAAGACCAGAAACAAAAAACAAAAACAGUAGAGAGUGUGGAGGAGACUGUUGAAGACGACAACGAUCAGUCUGACGUCAUGGCUGAUGAUAGUGAUCUUGAAGGAGUGGCAGUUAUAGCAGAUGAUGGUGAGGCACUGAAUUCAGAAGAUGAGCUCACAGUAGAUGAAGAGAUGGAUGAUGAGGUGCAUGAUACCUCAGAUGAACAGGAACAGGAUGCAUCUGAAGAUGUCCAAGCUGUGAACGAGUCAGAUGAUCAGACUAAACCUUCAGACAUGGACACAUCGAGCAUACAGCCAGAGACGUCAGAGCAUGUACCAACUGCUACAACUUCAGAUAGAUCAAGCGAUUGUAAGGAAGCCAAAGAGCUUCAACAAGGAGAACAAAAAGAGCUUCAAGAAAAGAAAGAAGAGCCAAAAGAGCUUCAACAAGGAGAGCAAAAAGAGCUUCAAGAACUUAAAGAAGAGCCAAAAGAGCUUCAACAAGGAGAGCAAAAAGAGCUUCAGCAAAAAGAGCUUAAACAAGAAGAGCAAAAAGAGCUUCAACACGGAGAACAAUACGAGCUUCAACAAGGGGAGCAAAAAGGCGAUAUGGUGGAGAUGGAGGAGGAGUCAGCAGAUUUCUCAGAAAAUCUAGAUAAGGAGGGAGUGUUGACAGAACAAGGGGAUGAAAAGGAGAUCUGGACUUCAAGCACUGAGGAAAAGUUUGGCAAAGUUCUUGAGGUGGCAGGUUUUCCAGUGGCUAAAAAAUACAGUGAAGCAGAUUUGCUGAAAAUCGGGAAAAAAUACGGAGAUGUGGCAGGCUGCUGUCUAGUUCGCAGCAAUCGAAAGGUGGAGAAGGCAUUAAUUGAGAUGGUGAAUGCUGCCGAUGCUGCAAAACUUGAAGCCGAGUGUAAAAGGCAACACAUUAAACUAGGUGGCAGAAACUUAAGGAUAACAGUGUCAAAGAAAUACAGCCAAUUGAACGAGGGGCAAAGGAUUGACUCCGAGAAAGAGAAAGUUAAGGAAGAUAUUGAAGAGAACAAUAAGGAGCCCUCAAGCACACUGGCUUCCAGUGAGGAGAGUACAGUAGUGAUGGCUGAGAUCUCUGAAGAAGAUGCUGAGGCUCAGGAAGGAAAGGAAACCAACAUGGACACAAUCAUGCAAGCAUCUAGUGAUGAGGAGGAAGCGUAUGGCAGAGUUCUCCAGAUCAGAAACCUUCCAAUGCCUGAUGAGUACACUGAUGCAGAUUUCCUGAGCAUCGCAGAACCAUAUGGAAAGGUAGUAUGCCAUUGGAUGUUUCGCCUCCAUCAAACGGGACUGAUUGAAAUGAAAAAGGCCUCUGAUGCUGAAAAGGUUGUAGCUGCAGCCAACAUGAAUAAAAUUACAGUUGCUGGAAAAAAUCCCAAGAUUUCAGUGUCUACCAAACAUGCUCAUUUAAAUAAAAGUGAUGGUUCUCUACAAGCAUCUACUGCGUUCGAGGAGGAAAAUGAUGAAUCCAAGACACAAAUCUCUGCGAUUUCUGAGCAGCCGUCUAUCCAAACAUCAGCGAAUGUCAAGGAGUCCUCGAAUGAUAAUCAAGAUGUCAACUCAAAGGCAGAUGAGAAGCAAGAUUCUGCAGCUGAUGAAGGAAGCGGAACGAAGGCGGAAAAUUCAGACAUCGUGUCAGAGAUGCAAACACCUGUGAUGGAUCCAGUGGGGACAGAGUUUGUUCGGCCUGUGGUGGGUUACUUCUGCAGCUUGUGUAAUGCCAUCUAUGCCAGUGAGGAAGAGGCCAAAGACGAACACUGCAGGACCCCAAUGCAUCAUCAAAAGCUGAAGGAGCACAAGGAGCGAAACAGUUCCACAUAAACUAUGACACGGAACAGAAAUCAUUCAUAGACAUUCAUGACGAUAGCGUAACUGUAGCUAAUUCACAUCAUAAUAUGUGUUAAAUGAUUAAGUGAUUCAGUAGUAAUGCAGAAAUUGUAAUUUUAUUUAGUCUUUUUUUUUUAUUAUUACAGCCUGUUUGCGGUGUUGUCUUUCUGUUUCAGCAGUGGUUUUAUCUGGUAAUCAACAAAAAGUUGUUUUCUUUAAAAAGCAUGUACUUUCGUACAGUGUACUGAACUCAAUUUAUAAGUAAAAUAGAAUGCAGUAAAAUCGUUUCUGCUCAAAUAAAGACGUACAGUUAUCAACUAAACGCGCUUGUUUUCUUCAUGCGUGUUUUGAUUGGACGGCUGAUGGUUGUCUCCGCCCACAGUAUGCCGUUUCCAUGGCAAUUCAACAUGGCCGCACACGGAAGACAACCUGUCUUGUCCUCCACACCACUGCAGAUCCUGUUUCACUUGAACGGCUGGUAUUUUGCAGCAUUCUUCGUCGC